ACAUCAUGUCUUCUCCUCCGUCUCCUAGUGAUUCCGUUUUGCGUGAUAGGGCUUUGCGCUCUGCUUCUCUUCUUCGUGAGCGGCGACGUCGUGAAGCACGUGAGCCUUCUUUUGAUUCCCGUAUUGAAGAAGGUGAAUUAUUGAGCAUCCCCAGCCGUCAUGAUGAUGGUGCUGUUGCUGGGCCUUCGUCGGACUUGGAGCAUCGUUUUCGCCAUCGUCACUCGUCCGUUGAUUCGCAUUCCCGUGUAAGUAGAUCACGCUCUCGUUCACGUUCGCCUUUACGUCGUCCGCCUGUUGAACCGUCGGCUGAAACUUUUGUGGUUUCUGAGUCGAAGACUCGUCUUAUACGGAAAUGGAUGGUGCAAGGUAUUCCGAAAUCUGAAUGCAAGUCUUUGCGUCAUGCGUACGCUCCGUCUUUUGAUGGGGAUUUUGAUUUGUUAUGUCCGAAAUUGGAUGAAACGAUGGUCCGUUAUUGGAAACAAGCUGUUGGAAAAGAUUGGCGCUCUAAUUUGAAUGAUUUUCAAGAAAAAUCUUGGCAGUCGGUUCAGUACCAAGUCUUAGAUUCUUUUCGACCAUUGUUACAAACCUGGAACCAAUUGCCGGUGGGCAGCCCGUUGUUGAAGAAUAUGGAAGAUUCCCUUAAAUUAUUGGGCGCUGCUUUUGCGGGCAUUUCCAAAUUGCGCCGAGCGAAUGCGAUGAGACACGUGGCACCAGAUUUACUACCCUUGCUAAAAGAUGAUCGAAUGUUUUCAUCACGUGAAUUUGAACGCCUUUUUGGAGAAAAAUUUUUGACAGCGAUGGUGAAAGAUGCUGAUGAUUUUGAGAAAGUGAAGAAAUUUGCUGGGCGCAGUGGCGGCCCUUUUACUACCCGAUCUGAAAAUCGUGGCUCUAGUGGUCGAGGCGGCCAUGGAUAUCGGGUUCCUGAUUCACGUUAUCCCCCAACUUCAAGCGGUACACGACGCGGCGGCCAAGGUUUUACCCCCUCGUCCUCGAAAUCUCAACAACAAUCAUCCAGACGCCCAAUCACGGACGACGCUGGACUCGUCGGAUUGGAUGCUUCAUGCGGAGUCAUUUGCUCAAUUGAGGAAUAUUUGGCCAAUAAAUUUCGACCUCUUCGCUUCUGCAUGGAACGCCCAGCAUCAACAUUUCGCUUCGUGGCUUCCUCAACCAAACGCGUCGGCUCUGAACGCGUUCAGUUUGAAUUGGAAAGAUCUUCAGGGAUACGCCUUCCCGCCCUUUUCCCUAAUUCCACGAUGUUUAGCCAAGGUCCGGCGGGACAAAGCGGAUUUAGUCCUCGUCUGCCCGCUCUGGACAUCACAGGCUUGGUUUCCUCUCCUUCUUCAAAUGUCCAUAGACGUUCCGCGCAUAUUCCGUCCGACUCCGUAUCUUGUCCACUCGCCCAAGUUGGAACCGCACCCACUCCUCCAGUCCAGCAGGUUUCUACUGUCAGGCUGGAGGUUAUCCGGAGCCGAUUUGAAAAUCAGGGCCUUUCAUCAGAUGUUAUCGGCCUUCUCAUGGCCAGCAACCGUUCGUCCACAUCUGCUACCUACCAGUCAGCCUGGACGUCUUGGCUUGAUUGGUGUGAUAAACGGGAUUCGGAUCCCUUGUCGCCUUCUUUGAAUUUUAUCCUUCAAUAUUUUUCUCAUUUAUUUAAUAAAGGUUUCGCCACAUCUACUAUUAAUGUCCACCGCUCUACUUUGUCCAUGACACUGGAACCUAUUGACGGUAAGAAAGUGGGUGAUCACCCGCUUGUGGUACAAUUACUAAAAGGCUGCUACAAUCUUAAGCCUCCUAACCCUCGAUACGAUUCUAUGUGGGAUCCGGAUAUGGUUCUUCGUCACUUUUCUUCUCUUGGUCCUAAUUCGGAUCUUCCCUUGGCUGUUCUUUCUAAAAAAUUGGUGAUGAUUUUGUCUUUGUCUAUUCUGUCUCGGGUUUCUGAGAUUUGUUCCAUCUCUCUAAAGUCGUUAAAAUUUUCCGCUACGGCGAUGUCAUUUUCUUUUCGUAGACUUCGAAAAUCACAGCGGUCCGGCCCGCUCCAGUCGUUUGUGGUCAACCGGUUUCCUGGUCUUUGUUGCCCCGUGGCUGGCAUGGAAUCAUAUAUUGCGGCUACUGUUGAUUUGCGUCAACCCGAUGAUGAUUCUCUUUUUCUGUCGAUUCGGCGCCCGCACCGUCCUGUUACUUCAUCCACUGUGGGCCGUUGGAUUAAAUCAUGUUUGCGAGAUGCUGGAAUUGAUAUUGAGUCUUUUUCAGCCCAUUCUACUCGUGGAGCUGCUUCUUCCAAGGCUAUUUUAAUGGGUGUGCCCAUUGAUUCCGUUUUGCGCGCGGCAAACUGGGCUGCGGAAUCCACUUUUCGUCGAUUUUACAACCGCGAAUUAUCUGAGGUUUCUGUUUCGGAGGCUGUUUUGACUCCUCAAACAAAUUCUCAUACGACGCUUUAAAGUCACCGUUGAAGAUGGAGUAUGGACUUGUAAGUGUAAUUAAAAAUUACACGAAGUCGCGUAGCGACUGAUGUGUAAUUGCGAUUACACAAAUAAUAACAUAUGACAUCUUCAACGGUAAAAACUUCCCACCCGACCCACCCGUUUUUUCCGUUGUUCGGCAUUAUCUCAUGGUAAUUUGUUUUCUUUUAUUAUAGCUAUCGUGGUAAACAUGGCUUCAAACGAGGAUUUAGUUCGAGCCGCUGAUUUCCUGCUACCUUUUUUGUUCGUCAUUCGGCUCCCGUUUCUCUGAUUCGACCAAGACAUUAUUUAACUUCAUUAUCUAAUUGUCCCUUGAAGUUUAUUUCUUUGGGUCUUUUUGAUUUCAUAUGUGGAUGUUCUGUUCUUCAUUUUUUGCCAUGUUUUUCUUUCCCCUUCUUCGAAUUUGUUUGUUUCGUUUGUCGAGCAUUUUAAAAGUUCUGAAGAGGGGUGAGGGUUCAGCUAUUGGGCACUCCUAAAGAAGUGGCGCUUUCAGCGCUGCUUGGGGAGGAGCUAAAAUAAACAAGUUCUACACCGUUGAAGAUGUCAUAUGUUAUUAUUUGUGUAAUCGCAAUUACACAUCAGUCGCUACGCGACUUCGUGUAAUUU